AUGGUGAUGAGGCUUUUCACUGACCGGAUAUUCCAUACAUCCCCAGCUUUCGUAGGUAUCACACAAAUACCCGCGGAAGAGAGGAACCUCGGUUCGCUUAUCGUGACCUCGGGAUCAUCUGCAGCAAAAUUGAAGCAGACAGACGCUUUCCAGGGUUAUUCGACCAUGAGAGCCCCGGCUGAGAGAACAGCAGAACAGAGAUCCUUCCAGACUACUCUUUAA